AUGUCGUUGAUGAUGUCUCUGGAAUGGAUUCCACGCGGUGCCUCGGCCGACGACGCGCCGUGCGCGGCGGCGAGCGGCAGCACCGGCGGCGGCGCGCUUGGCGCCGCGGCGGCCGCGGCCGCUGCCGGACCGGCGCAGCUGCCAGUGCUCCCGGACAUCGACCUGAAGCCCGGGGAAGCCACAGACCCCAAGGCCAAGAGCCUCGCAUUCAAUGGCGUCCUCUCGCUGCUGAAAGCCCUUGACCUGGACAGCGCCACAAGAUCGCGCGUUUUCAAAGUGCUCAACGCGCUGUUCGCCGACCCGGGCUCCGCGGCCGUGCGGGCGCAGCUGCCAGUGCUCCCGGACAUCGACCUGAAGCCCGGGGAAGCCACAGACCCCAACGCCAAGAGCGUCGCAUUCAAUGGUGUCCUCUCACUGUUGCAACCCCUUGAUCUGGACGGUGCUACGAGAUCGCACGUUUUCAGAGCGCUCAACACGCAGCUCGCCGACCCGGGCUCCGUGGCGCACUUUUUGUCAGUGCGGUACCAGUUCCUGCGGCGGUGCUGCACAGAGAACAACGCGGACGCGGCGAGGGCGGCCGUCCAGGAGAUGGCCGCAGAGUCCGCCUCGUGA